ACUUUCCAAGUAGUAGUACCUUAUAUAAACAACAUAACAUCUACUUCAAAGCUAGAACUAACCCAACUCAUACUAGCUUUUCUUGAAACCAUGGCUGCAACUUCCAACCCUUCAUUCCUCCUUUGUCUUUCCCUCAUCACCACCACCAUCUACUUUGCUGAUUCACAAUCCUUCAUCGGAGUAAACUAUGGUCAAGUCGCCGACAACCUUCCGCCACCUUCCGCAACCGCCAACCUCCUCAAAUCAACCUCCAUCGGAAAACUCCGUCUCUACAACGCUGAUCCGUCAAUCAUCAAAUCCCUCUCAAACUCCGGCAUCGGAAUCACCAUCGGAGCUGCCAACGGCGACAUUCCGAUUCUGGCCUCAAAUCCCAACUCAGCAACUCAAUGGGUUAACUCAAAUGUUUUACCAUAUUACCCUUCUAGCAACAUCACUCUCAUCACCGUCGGUAACGAAGUUAUGACCUCCGGCGAUAAUGCUCUCAUAUCAAACCUUCUUCCGGCGAUACAAAAUGUCCAAAAUGCCCUUAACUCAGCUUCACUCGGUGGCAAAAUCAAAGUUUCCACCGUUCAUUCUAUGGCUGUGUUGACUCAGUCGGAUCCUCCAUCUUCCGGGUCGUUUGACCCGAAUCUGAAAGACACAAUGAAGCAGAUGCUGGAGUUUCUGAAGGAUAAUAAAGCUCCGUUUACUAUUAACCCGUACCCGUUUUUCGCUUACCAGAGUGACCCGAGAUCUGAAACACUUGCGUUCUGUUUGUUUCAGCCAAAUUCGGGUCGGGUUGAUUCGGGUAACGGUAAACUUUACACGAACAUGUUCGAUGCUCAGGUUGAUGCUGUACAUUCUGCUUUAAGUGGAAUGGGAUUCCAAGACAUAGAAAUUGUGGUAGCUGAAACAGGAUGGCCCUCACGUGGAGACAACAAUGAAGUAGGACCAAGUGUUGAAAAUGCCAAAGCCUAUAAUGGGAACCUUAUCACACACCUUAGAUCAUUGGUUGGUACACCUUUGAUGCCAGGAAAAUCCAUUGACACAUACAUUUUUGCACUCUAUGAUGAAGAUUUGAAACCUGGCGCUGGAUCUGAACGUGCGUUUGGUCUUUACAAAACUGAUCUUACUGUGGCAUAUGAUGUUGGAUUAGACAAAUCUACCCAAAAGGGUCCUCCAUCAACUAGUCCAAAUGCUCCUGUUACUCCAGCACCUAAAACCACAUCACAAUGGUGCAUUCCAAAAGGGGGAGUAAGUGAUGAUCAACUGCAGGCAAAUCUUGACUAUGCCUGCAGUAGAGAAGGCAUGGAUUGUGGGCCAAUUCAACCAGGAGGUGCUUGUUAUGAUCCUAAUACAGUAGCAUCUCAUUCUGCCUUUGCCAUGAAUCUUUAUUACCAAAAGUUUGGUAGAAAUCCUUGGAAUUGUGAUUUCUCUCAAACAGCUAGUCUUACAUCCCAAAAUCCAAGUUACAAUGGUUGCACUUAUCCAAGUGGAAGUACCUGAAAAUGCAGAGGCUUAAGCUUGUGACUUUUAGAAAUUUAUUUAUAUUAGAGAAGUUAAUGAAUAAGGCUCUACCUUUAUUCUCUUUUAUUUAGUGUCCUUUUAUUUUAUACAACUUUAAUUGUAAAAAGGGAUCCAAUGCUCACGGUUGUUUGUGUAGGUAUCUCCUAUCUCUUAUACUAUGUUUGGUAAGUUGUGAGAAGAAGCUUGGUACAAGAGAAAUAUGAAAGAUAUAGAAGUGAAAGAUUAAAGAUAUA